GGUCCGCCUCAAAACACGAUUUGCUCCACCCAGAAGCAAUCGGAACGACGGCUUCUAGUUUUUCGUUGAAUUAAGGGAUAGGGCGAGACGAACGUUCUGCAUUUGUCUACGCCAUCCGGUCACAAUGAUCCACAGCCUGUUCCUGGUGAACUCCUCCGGGGACAUCUUCCUGGAGAAGCACUGGAAGAGUGUAGUGAGUCGCUCCGUGUGCGACUACUUCUUCGAGGCCCAGGAGCGAGCCACCGAGCCGGAGAAUGUCCCACCAGUCAUUCCCACGCCACACCACUACCUCAUCAGCGUUCUCCGCCACAGGAUCUACUUUGUGGCCGUCAUCCAGAGCGAGGUUCCGCCGCUGUUCGUCAUCGAGUUCCUGCACAGGGUGGUAGACACGUUCCAGGACUACUUUGGCGUGUGCACAGAGGCCGCCAUCAAAGACAACGUGGUGGUGGUGUACGAGCUGUUGGAGGAGAUGCUGGACAACGGCUUCCCCCUAGCCACCGAGUCCAACAUCCUCAAGGAGCUUAUCAAGCCCCCUACCAUCCUCCGUACCAUGGUCAACACCAUCACAGGCAGCACCAACGUCGGGGAACAGCUGCCGACGGGCCAGCUGUCGGUGGUGCCGUGGCGACGGACGGGCGUUAAAUACACCAACAACGAGGCGUACUUUGACGUGGUGGAGGAGAUCGACGUCAUCAUCGACAAAUCAGGCUCGACCAUAACAGCAGAGAUCCAGGGAGUGAUCGACGCGUGUGUCAAACUCACCGGCAUGCCCGACCUCACCCUCUCCUUCAUGAAUCCCCGGCUGCUGGAUGACGUGAGCUUCCACCCGUGCGUGCGGUUCAAGCGCUGGGAGGCGGAGAGGAUUCUCUCCUUUAUCCCUCCGGACGGAAACUUCCGGCUCCUCUCCUACCAUGUCAGCUCCCAAAAUCUGGUGGCCAUCCCAGUGUACGUGAAACACAACAUCACGUUCCGGGAGGGCAGCUCGCAGGGCCGCUUCGACCUGACGCUGGGGCCCAAGCAGACCAUGGGCAAGGGAGUGGAGGCCGUGCUGGUCAGCAGCCAGCUGCCUCGCGGAGUGCUAAACGCCAACCUCAGCGCCUCCCAGGGGACCUACACCUUCGACCCAGUCACCAAGAUGUUGACGUGGGACGUCGGGAAGAUCAACCCCCAGAAGCUGCCCAGCCUCAAGGGCUCCAUGAGCCUGCAGGCUGGGGCCUCCAAACCAGACGAGAACCCCAGCAUCAACAUCCAGUUCAAGAUCCAGCAGAUGGCCAUCUCAGGACUGAAGGUGAAUCGGUUGGACAUGUACGGCGAGAAGUACAAACCUUUCAAAGGCAUCAAGUACAUGACCAAGGCCGGAAAGUUCCAGGUCCGGACAUAGAGGCCUUGGUGCUCUGUCAACCACUAGACCGAACCACUAAAAAGACGGAGAAGGGGGUGUAUCAAGAUGGUCUUUCAACAUUUCAGGGUUCACCCUCAAUACUUAAGAGUGCAGGGGGAUCACUUCUAGCAGUUAGCUGUUAGCAAACCUUUAAAUUACUUGGGGACACGGCAGGCCAUGUAGCUUUUGGCCCAAACUCUAUUACGUAAAAUAUUUCCAUUCUUCUAGUAAGACAAAGUUAAUGGAGCCGAUUCUGUUUCAGAUAAACAUUACAAACACGUGUUCUUCCACAGAACAAGUAAGGACGCAACGUCUGUUGUGAUGUUUAAUUGUUCACCAAUAGAGAGACCGAGAGACCAGUAGUAUUGGUUAACAUACUUCUUCCUCAUUCUAGCUGUCUCUCGCCCGGUAUAAAAUCUCUAACCGAUUCAGUGGGGUUUACAUUCCUUCCUGUUAAAAUCCGACUUCCUCCUCCAUCAUUUUACUUUUUUUUUGACCGCUCUGUCGGCAGUUCUGUAGUUCUGAAUACAGUUCUCCACUGACCAGAUGUGACGCUGGUGCCGUCCUAUUGAGUGGUAGUACGCGAUGGGGCCUGCAGGGGGUGCUCACUGCUUUCAUCCACUCAAGCGAAUCAAACUAGAAUAGAGUGUCAUCCGUCGUAUUGAUUAUUUAUAAGAUCUCCUUUGAUGUCUCCUGCGUUUUUUUCCCCCAAUUUUUUAUUUUAUUUUCAAUAUGUAUGUGUCUAUAUGUAGCAAUGUCAAAACAUAUGACGUUCUUUUUGAGUUGGACAAUGCACUCCCUAUGAAGCCAUCAUUACAUUGGGCAGUGGGCAACUUUACCUCUUUGAUCCUGCUGAAUCAGAGGAAUAAAGGAAACCUUCGACUACUGACUAUCACUGGUUGCCCUCCCCUAAUAGCUUGUUUUAUCUCUAAUUUGUGAAAUAUGGGCAUCGCUAUAUUUCACAAGUUUUCUUGUGAUAUCGUGCAUAUGUGUUCUGUGAGUUUGUGUGAACCUCUGGAUGUUUCUCAGAGAUUGACCAUGUGUUUAUAUGCAAAGGUGUAUAUGCUCUAUAAGAACAUCCAAAAUACAAUAUAUCGCUUGGAAACCCAGACUAAUCAACAGACUCUGUUACAUGCUGAAAACGUUAUUUUAGAGUAAAAAUUGCUUGGUUCCUAUUGAUAAUGUUUUACGGUUUGAAUUUUAUGUUCACAGUAUUUUGUUUUUAUGAUUGUCAGAAAGCCUCCAAAGGACUUUUACAAUAAUAAAAGAAAUGUUCCACGUGA